AUGCCUGAGGCAGACUAUGAAGUAUCUCGUGCCAAGUUGCAUAAUCAUCGACAUACCCAGCACGGCACGAUCAGCGAAGAUGAUGUCCCGAAUCUUAAUUCCACCAGGGGCCGCCAACUCCAGAUUUUGGCGAGCUUCUCCCAGGCGGAGAAUAUCAAAGCCCCCACUUCUACGAAUUUGAAUAUUCCUCAUAAGCCCACAAUCGCUGUUUCCGACGGACUUUUUCUUCACCAAUACUUUUCCCAUAUCAUCAAUUUUCUACCUAAAAGCGUACGACUAGUUGUGUCAAGCGGGUUAGACUUGCCCGCUCUUCGAGAAGCUACGGUUGCCUUUUCUGCCGCUCGAUUUGCCUACUCCCUUGGGAACCCGUGCCAGGCACCGUCAAAGAACUUGUCACCACUUUUUAUUCAAUCGCUGAACCACUUCGGUCGUGCGAUUCAAUUGGUUAAGAAAGACACCAGCCAGAUCGAAGAUAUCCUUGCUGCAGUAAUUUUCUUCAUACUCUUUGAAAAUGUCGUUGGGACCGUCAGGACCUCUUACUGCCAUUUACGAGGCCUAGAGACUCUCAUCCUUCGGCACCAACGUGCUUUAUCUGGAACACCUUACGGCCGACAGGUAUUGCGUGCGAGUCUUUUCAUCCGUGCAAAAGGGUUUCUCAUUCUAGGGCCGUUGCAUGCAACACAUCGCAGCCAAGUUGCUGAGCGAGAGCUCGAUCUUCUUGCGCGCCGGAUCUGCGCACCACAAGAACUCCUCUUUCUCACGAUGGCAAAUUCCAUCCGUGUGUCAUCUAUUCUCCUUCUUCAGAGAUGCUCACAGUCCCGCUGCGAUGAUUUGGAGUCAUUUCACCUGAAGCUUUCAACCCCUGGAGAUGGAGAAGGUUGUCUUUCGGGAUGCAAUCAUAGCGAGUCCGAGGUUUACCGGAAGCUGGAAGAUCUUAGGCAAUAUGUCGAUUUACUCUUCGCUCAGUCGAAUUCGCUAUAUAAUGCGUUCCUUCGAUGUACGGGCCAUCCAAUAUUCCAGCGAACCGACCUCAGCUACGCAGAAGAUGCCAUUCUGCCUAUCACAUUCGAUAGCCGUGAAGACGCAAUUGCCUGUGCGAUGUAUGCCUUGGUGCAGGUCUAUUGUGACCGCCAAACACUUAGGAAUUUGCUUCUCGCGGAGGCUGGAGAAAUGUCCUUCCCGUUAACUCGGUGGGCUAAAGUGAUCCUUGGUAUUGCGAAAGGAUGGGAUCCAUCACGAUACUUAUACGAGGAAACGUAUAACAUGAACAUAGGAUGGAUUGUGGAGUUGCUUUGUCUUCGCUGGCCCAACGCUGAUAUCUUGACCUACCUCACUCAAAACCUCGUCCCUGGCCUUAGAUUGGCUCGGCCUGCCAUGGAAGAUACUGCAGGGGCUUUGGUGCUAUUUGAUUUGGUAAUGGAAAUGCUGAAAAUCGAAACUGCCCGUGGGCGCAAAGUCUUUGCCAUGCACCUUGUCCAUGAAGAUUCUUCCGAGGAAACCGGAUUCUUUCUGCCCAAUCAGUCAUUACAUUUUGCCAUCCAUGGUUAUACUGACGGUGGAGAGUUUUUCAAUGAUUAUAUCUCACCGUCAACUUGA